AUGACCACCACAGGCUAAAAGUGCACGCUCAUUUUUUGCAUCUUCUCCUCUUUAUCUAUCAUUAAAUAUCUGACUGCAUAUCGGCCACAAUUAAAUUUACGCCGUUUCUUCUUCUUCUUCUUUCUGGCUCAUUCUCUUGCCGAGAGGGAUGCCGUUCAUAGUGACCGGCUGUACGUAUAUGUGCGUAUAGAGAGGGAGUGAGUGAGUGGUGAUAAGUGAGUGAGGUCAGAUAAGGCUGAAAGGCAAACAAAGUAGUAAAAUUGUUGUGUUAUGCGGUAUUACACAACAAUUCAGAGGAGAGAGAGAGGAUCCUUUACUUACGUAGAUAAAUGCUAAUCUGAUAGUGAGUGACGCUCUAAUUAUAGUCAAGUGUCAAGUGUGUGACGACGACCAAGAUGGGGGCAAAAAGUUGGGUCGGAUUAGUCAGCCUUGCCGGACUAGUUUCCGGGAUUUUUUGCCAGCAAUAUUUCUAUUCGACGGGGUUUGGUGGAGUGCCUCGACAAUUCGGACCUCAGGAACCAGUGGGUCAACAAUUUGGACCUCUUCAACCAAUUGGUCGACAAUUCGGACCCCAGCAACCCCAAGCACCACCGCAAGGAAGAUUUUUCCAGGAUGGCGGUCGUGGUACUUUUGGAGGUCGUCAGUUUCCAUCGUCUUCGUCAUCGUCGUCAUCUGCAUCCGCUUCGGCGGGCGGAGGUGCCGUGAAUUUUCCGAAUAAUGGUGGCGGAGGAGGGGCAAUAAAUGCCAGUUUGCAGGCACAGUUUCGUGAAAUAUUCGACUGGAAUAAGGAUCUGAAUACGGAUCCGAGAUUUAGUGGGUGCACGGUACCGGAUAUUGGAGAUGUUGAGAGAGCCUGUCCCAAGCGGGCGCUGUACUAUGGACUCAAUCCUGAACAUAGAAUGGCAGUUGGGAUGGUUAAGACGAUUCUUACGGGACCAAAUAAUCCCGAACAAACCGUUUGCUUGGCCGGACGUAUGAGAGAUCUUCCCGGAAUGAAUCCAAACGUUUGGAUUCGAGGAAUGUUAGGCGCACACUUGUCUGACGUUGGUCUGUUCGACCUUCAAGUUCCCCCCAUGGUCGAGGUCAUGCCCCACAUUUUCAUCAGUCGAGAGUCCCUUCAAGCCGCGAGACGUCAAGGAAGUCAGGCUGCCAGUGGCAGACGAUGCACCGUGGUCGAUGGAAGCGUUGGGAGGGAUAACGGCGUGGAAAAUCGUCUCUGGUAUUUUAGGGAAGACGUGCAGGUUAACUCUUUCCAUCUCAAUUGGCAUCUGAUCUACCCUUUUACCGGGGUCACAAGGAAGGCUGAUCGACAAGGGGAGCUCUUCUACUUCUCCCAUCACAACCACAUUGCACGCUACCAUGCUGAACGACUCUCGAACGGAUUGGGACGCGUUGUCCCGUUAAAUAUGGACAUUAAUGCUCCCGUCCCGGACGCGUAUCACCCUCACUUGGACGACACGAAUUCUGGAUCAUCUUGGACCCCACGACGAGCCAAUCGUCCCAUUAGAGACACCGUUUUCAUCAAUAUUACCGGAGUUCCCCCAAACAUUAGCGUGGCUGACAGGGUCCUACACGUGAGACGGGUGGAGGAUUCGAUCCGAAAUCGCGGAUUGGUUUUGAGAAAUGGAGGCAGCAUGCCACUCGAUAGCCGGACUGGAAUUGACAUUCUCGGAGAUAUCGUUGAAGCCACGGUAUUCACCCCAAAUGGAGAAUACUACGGAAAUUUUGGGUUUCACAAUGAAGGCCACGUGCUUCUCGGGUUGGUUGAAGAUCCACAAAAUCGGACAGGACUUCCGCCCGGCGUCAUGAUCGAGGUGGCGACCUCGAUGAGAGACCCCGUUUUUUAUACGUACCACACCUCCAUGGACGAAACGUUCGAUCUGCACAAGCAACUCUUGCCACCUUAUCAAUUGGAAAAUGGUGAGUUACCCCUGAAAUGGGACGGGAUUGAAAUUUCCAGUCUUGAAGUGGUUCCCGACGUCGGAAUUUCCAACCAACUCACAACCUUCUUUAACCAGAGGACAUUCGAGUUGUCGAGAGGGUUAGAUUUUAACAGGUCCGGCGUCCAAGGGGCUGUCAGCGCCUGCAUCACUCAUUUGGACCAUAAUCCCUUCACCUACAGGAUUUAUGCGAACCGUAACCCACAAUCCUCCUCUGGCCGAGCAACCGUCCGAAUUUUCAUGGCGCCAAGAUUCGAUGAGAACGGGCGCCGAUACAAUAUGAUCCAACAAAGAAAGAUUUUCUUCAUGUUGGACCUCUUCACGGUUCAAUUGCAACCCGGACCAAACCGCAUCACACGACGCUCCACCGACUCCGCCCUCACCAUCGAAAUCCCUCAAAGUUACUCUCAACUCAAUCAAACGAAGCAGGACCGGAUAAAGGAGCGUCCUCGGACCUACUGCGGCUGUGGGUGGCCCCACCAUCUCCUUCUCCCCAAAGGAACCGAGCGAGGCUUGCCCUUCGACCUGUUCGUCAUGCUCACGAAUGGUGACGAGGACUACGUCGCGCCCAGAAAUAAUCCGCGCCGAGCGAGCGGCGAGUGCAAACCCGCGCCAAUUUAUUGCGGACGGCUGAACGACACGUAUCCCGAUGCUCGUCCGAUGGGUUAUCCGUUCGACAGGUUGCCAUACAAUGCGCCAAGGUCGUGGUGGGAUCGGCCCAGAGUUGUCGAAACGUUGGAGGAGUACACGAGCGGGAUCCCGAACGCGGCCAUGGCCCAGGUCACCAUCACGCACACGGGACCAGGUCAAGCCGUUCUGCAGCAGCCACAAAACUCGAUUAGGUUUGAGGAAGACGAAUCGCAACGACCACGACCACGGCCACAACAGUUUCCUUCAGGAGCGCAGAGUUUCCCGAGCAGUCCGGCACCCGGGGUUAGCUUUGAACAAUCUUCGGUGAGAAAUCCUCCCUUGACAAGUAACAGUUUCCAAAAAGGGGGCAAUGGUGGUGCCUUUUCAACUUCCCCGGCGAGAAAUCCCCCCUCGACAAGUAGCGGUUUCCAGCAGGGCGGGAAUGGUGGUUACGUCACCCCAAUUUCUCACCCUGGAUCAGUCGCUGGUUAUGAUGGGACCCUCGAAACCGUUCCCUUGAUUCAUCAAGAGCACCAAUUAUUCGACAAGAGUCGUGAAGACGAUUCGUCCGAUGACCACGACCACAGCCACGACCACCAUCACGGAAGUAGCGAGUACUACAAUUACAACAAUAAUUUGCGAGGAUUCCCCAAUUUUCAGAAACCGUAUCAGCCCCUCCAACAACAAAAUUAUCAUCAAACCACGUUCCAACACUAUCUCACGUCCCCGUUCUUUAACGGCGUCAAUUCAAAUUAUGGCAAGUAGAUGACGAACAAAAUGAGAUGAUGACGAGCUUUAAUUGCAUAUUUUUGUGUAAAUUUUACGUUAUUUUACGGGUAAUUGUUUCCUACAUGUUACGACAAAAUAGACAGAGACCUUAUUACUAGUUUUGCUCAAUAAAUACGGUGCGAAUGUUGUUUUUAGC